CUUUGUUACAGUCAUGAGCCUUACUUGAAUUUUCAUAAAUAUCUGCCAACAUGAGAUGAGGGUACCAACGAACCGUUAAUUGUCUGGGUUCCUGUCACAAAAUUAUCGAGCUUUUACUUGAAGUGAAGCUUCCGAAAAGUAUUAACUAGGAAACCAGGCUAUUUACAAUGCCACAAUCAAUGAAUAAAAAGGUGCGUUUGGAUUUAAGACUAGCAGCACCAGCUAGGAAAGACUCUUUUCGAGGAAACAUCUUCGAUCUUUGUGCCGAGACAAGAAAGAGAGCCUUGCGAAUGAACGAAGGACAGGACAAUCGUUUGCACGAAAAGCGAAAUAUCAUAGAAAGACAUAAACGUGAAAAGUAUAUAAAAGAUGUCAAAGAAAUUAGAAAAAUAGACACAUCAGUGAAAAAUUUAUUCAUCUACAAACAAGCUCUCGAAAAUUACAAAUAUGACAAACUAGUGAUCGUUAAACAUGGUUUUCUGAACGAUAUUAGGCCUGAAAGAAAAAGAAUGAACACUGAAACUAAAUUUCUGCAUUCUGGAUUUUCCGUGAAUUUAUUGAAACCGGAAAUAGAUAUUUUAUCAGAAGAACUUGAUCCAAGAAAUAUUCGGAUGCAUAAAAUGCAUCAACAGUAUGUGAUAUCAAAAGCGCGAAGUGAUAUAUCACUAAGUAGGACUGGAACUUUUUCUGCUUUAAUUAGAGAUUACAAACACCGAAGUGUAGAAGCAAUAGAAUUCCCAAACCAUAACUUUAAAGCCCAUCAGCAUAAAACAGUUUACAAACACAAAAAUGUAGAAGCAAAAGAUUUCCCCACGGUCGAACUACAAAAGUCAUCAAAUGUAUUAAAACUUCCAAAGAUACAGAAAUAAAUGAAAUAAGUAAAUGUGUUUCAGUGAGCGGAAAUAAAACGGUGAUUUCAUUAUUUGUAGAAAACUGAGAUACAGUAUGUAAAAAUAUAUAUCUUCAAUAAUGCAAAUAUUAACUGACGAUUUAUUGCAAUAUUAAAACAAACAAAUGAGAUAACAA